AUGUCGCCGCGGUAUGGCUGCAUUCGCUCCUCAUCCUUCCUCACAGCUUCCUCCCGCGGCUCCACACCAUCGCUGCUCAUCUUCAUGGAUUCCGGAGAGAUGAAAAAAGAUGUGGAGAACGCUGCGGGUGUGACCGUCGUGGUCACCGCCAUCCCAGAUCCGGCGGACCCACCACCCUCCGAGGACAACGUCCGUGCCUGGCUAACUGUGCUGGGCUCCGCCCUCGUCUACUUUGCCUCUUUCGGCUUCACCAACAGCUUCGGCUUCUUCCAAGACUACUACCAGACCGACUACCUGCCCGAACAACCACCGUCUACCAUCGCUUUCAUCGGCACUCUGCAGAUCUCGCUCAUGUAUGUUAUUGCGCCCGUUGCUGGUGCACUUUCCGACAUCUACGGCCUGAAGUGGAUCUACCGUGCUGCGGCCUUGGGCUGUUGCGCCUCGGUAGUCGGGCUGUCAUUCUCCCAGUCAGGCGUCCUAUGGCAACCGUUCGUUACCCAGGGCGUCCUCUUCGGCCUGGUCGUGGCAUUCAACACCCAACCCGCCCUCGCGGUCGUCGGCCAACACUUCAAACAACGCCGCGCCCUCGCCAUGGGUCUCGUCUCGGCCGGCAGCUGCAUCAGCGGCUCCCUCCUCCCCAUCAUGCUAUCCGCCCUCGUCCCCAGGAUCGGCUUCGGCUGGACCGUCCGCGCCACCGCCCUCCUCAUGCUAUGCUGCUACAUCAUCGCCAUGCUCAUCUCCUACACCAAAGACCCGCCGACCGCCCCGCCGCCGGCAAAGGAUCUCGCGGACCAGCCGCCGGCCAAACCCACGCUCGCCGCAUCCAGCCUUCUCGACUUCCGCGGCUACAAGGACCCGCGGUACCUCGUGCUGGCCAUCGGCAACUUCGUCGCGACGCUCGGCGUGUACGUGCCCAACUACUACAUCGGGUCGUACGCGGUCCUCGCCUACCCCACCGCCUCGGUGCACGGUUACCUGCUCCCCAUCCUCAACGGCAGCAGCUUCUUCGGCCGAGUCUUGGGCGGGUGGGCCGCCGACGUGACGGGUGCGCUGAACUUUCUGUAUCCGAUGACGCUGCUCUCGGGCGUCCUGUGCCUGUCCCUGUGGCUGCUGGACCAGAACAUGGACAUGAUCCUGGUCUUCUGCAUCAUGUACGGUUUCACGUCGGGCGUGUUCAUCAGCGUGACGCCGGCGGCAGUGACGCAGAUUGUUCCGGAGGACAAGAUCGGGGCGCGGAUGGGUGCCUUUUUCACGCUGACGGCAUUGGCGACGUUGAUGGGAUCGCCAGUGGCAGGUUGUUUGAUCGAUGAGGGGGAUGGAGUGGGCACAGAGGGUUACAGGGGCAUCAUCCUGUUUACCGGCUUGACGUUGGUGGUCGGGGGAGCUCUUCUGUUUGUGGGACGCCUGCUGUGUGACAGAGAUUGGCGAAAGAAGUUGUAG